UAUCUCCGCCGGUAUCUCUUCGCGCGAUCGUCUAAUAACUGGGCGGUUGUGCUAAAACCCCGACAUUCUUCUCAAAAUAUCGGAGUAGGGUUUUUGGCUUCUCCCCUUCGGAUUUUUCGGCCUCUCUUCCUUCUUUCUUCCUCCAUUAGAACCAGCCGAGCUAGGUUUUCUCUUCCAUCACCUCUCCCUACUCUCCCCCUAAAAUGCCAUGAAAUUACCAAAAACCACACCCUCCUCCUCCCCAGAUGCAUCGACAUCUCUCCAUCCUCGGCCGCAGAAUUCUCAUCGACAUCCCCUCCAAAUUCCCCCCUUCUCCAUUUAAACCCUCGAAUCCCCCAAUCAUUUUCAAAAAUGCCACUCUCAUCCUCUCUCGCUUCCUCUACACGUCGCCGCCCUCGCCUCCACCGCGUCAAAUCCCAGCCUUUGCUGCCUCAUCGUCUGAUGACCCCACAACCCUCCUCAGAGAAGACGGCAUCGCCGUCUGCUCAUCAAUUUGGAUCGACAGCUUCCGAGAACCGGAUAAGACCGUUACAAACCUCACCACCCAUCUCCGCCGCUUCGAGCUCUGGGUCGUUGCCUACCAGAAGGUCUGCAUCGAUGAGCUGGGGUCUUACAUGCCCCGCAGUGCGAUCCAACGGUCUGCACUCGAUGAUCUCCUGGCCCUCCGCAACGCUGUCCUCGAUGCCAGGUUCAAGUGGGGCGCCCGGCUGGAUUUCUUCAUCCGGUCGCCCAAGGACAAGACCGACCUCGAGUCGCUCUCGAAGCGGAAAAUCCGUGCCCUGUUGACGACCACGCAGCCUACCGCGUUCCAGGAUCGGAUUGUCCAGGAAGUCCUGCUUAUGAUCUUGGAGCCCGUCUAUGAGGCCCGGUUCUCGCAGAAGUCAUUUGCAUUCCGGCCCGGGCGGAAUGCACACACGGUUCUCCGAGUAGUUCGGCGGAGCUUUGCAGGGUAUUUGUGGUAUAUAAAGGGGGAUUUGAGUACAAUUCUCGACGGUGUGAAGGUUGGUAUGGUGAUCAAUGCCCUCCUGCGGGAUGUCCGUGAUAAGAAGGUGGUUGAUCUGAUCAAAUCGGCAUUGGUUACGCCUGUGAUCACGAGCCAGGUUGUGGAAGAGAAGAAGAAGAAGAGGAAGUAUCAGAAGAAGCGGGUGCUGGCGGAGGACGAGCCAAAGCCCGACCCCUAUUGGCUGGAGGCGUUCUUCGGGUUCGCCCCGGAAGAGGCGGAGAAGCUCCCGUCAUGGGGGCACUGUGGGAUUCUGAGUCCUCUUCUUGCGAAUGUUUGCCUCGAUGAAUUGGACCGUUGGAUGGAAGGGAAGAUCAAGGAUUUCUAUCAGCCUUCAAAGACAGAUGUGAUUUGGAAUGGUCCAGAAGGGGAGAACGAACAGGGGAACACAUCAUGGCCGGAGUUUGUCCCGACAAGCGGGCCGGACAAGACCCGGAAGAUGGAUUACAUCCGUUACGGCGGGCAUAUUCUGAUAGGGGUGAGGGGUCCACGUGCCGAUGCAGCGACGCUGAGGAAGCAGCUUAUUGAGUUCUGUGAGCAGAAGUAUCUGCUCAAGCUCGACAAUGAGAGUCUUCCAAUCGAGCACAUAACAAAGGGCAUCAUGUUUCUGGACCACGUCUUGUGCCGGCGGGUCGUCUAUCCGACUCUUCGGUACACCGCUACGGGCGGGAAGAUCAUUAGUGAGAAAGGCGUUGGCACCCUUCUUUCUGUAACUGCGAGCUUGAAGCAAUGCAUUAGGCAAUUUAGAAAGCUGCAAUUCCUCAAGGGGGACCGGGAUCCAGACCCACAGCCUUGUUUCCGGAUGUUCCAUGCGACGCAGGCUCACACCAACACGCAGAUGAACAAGUUGCUGUCGACGAUGGUCGAGUGGUACAGAUAUGCUGACAACCGUAAGAAAGUCGUGAAUUUCUGCUCGUACAUCAUAAGGGGGUCUCUGGCAAAGCUGUAUGCCGCCAAGUACAAGCUCCGCUCACGGGCAAAGGUUUACAAGAUUGCAUCACGGAAUCUCAGCCGCCCAUUGAAGGAGAAGAAGGGGCAGUCGCCCGAGUACCAUAAUCUUUUGAGGAUGGGUCUUGUGGAUUCAAUUGAUGGUCUGCAGUACACGCGGAUGUCUCUUGUACCCGAGACCGACUACAGCCCUUUCCCGAGCGGGUGGAGGCCUGAUCAUGAGAAGGUUUUGCUCGAAUAUAUAAGGCUUCAGGAUCCGAAGAUGUUGGAGCAGCAGCGACAAUGCCUUAAAGAAGAGGGUCUUAUUACACCGCAGGAUUACAUUUCGAUGCUUGUUUGGAACUACAAAAGAAACGGGGUUUUUGCAGAUCAGCCGCCCCCCGCUGAGGGAAAUAAUGUCGAGAGAGCGAAAGAGCUCCUGUUGGGAUUGAGUGAGGACAACACCAAAAGCAGGGCCAGAGAUGAUGAAGAAAAUGGAGAGGGCGGCAUUGUGCGGGCCGCACAGAUGUGAGAUAAGUACAUUUUUGUGUUCUGAAUUGUGUCCGCUAUUUGUACUGUGAUGGCAGGAGAAAAGGCAGAAGGUAAUCUCUUUACUGGCCGCCUGAUAGACAAACCUUAGAAUCUACCUGCUAAUGAAUCCAGGGGGGCUUGUAAAAUUUUAGCAAAUGUAUGCUAAUGGAGACUUGCUGCCAUUUCAGCAAUGCCAUCUGCCCAUUCAAAAAUAUCUAGUCUCUAAAACACAACAUCCUUUAUUUGCUUGUAUAGCAUGAAGCGAAGUGGCAACAGAUUUGGGUGUGGGAGCAUGGAAGCGUCUAUUUUGAAAUGUUAUAAAGCAUAGAAGGCUAGGAUGUGGGAACAACAGUGUUAGCUUGAAUUGUGAUUCCAAACGGGAGCAGAACCUGGUUGGAGGGAUACUGCAAAAUUUCUGCUUAAAGCCUCCCAAGAGAUAUAGACUCUUCAAUAGGGCUAGUCUGCGUCUGGACAACUCAUCAUAGAUGAGAUUGCUAGUGCAGAUUUCAGCAUGACUGUGACCAAGUUGAGUUUGGAGCUAGGCCGGGUGUUUUCUUGAUGAGCUGUUGGUAUGUGAACUUGAAUCGAGACAUAGCUGCGCAUGGAUUGCUAACAGCCAACUGCUGUAGAGCCAAUUCGGGGCAGAGUUGUUACAUGGGCCUACUUGACUGGUAACGUGUUAUUGUACUGUGACAUUUCAGUUUUUUAAAAAAAUGGUAUUUGAUGUCUGGUUUGCUGUAGUAGGAGAAAAUUUUAGCCAUUUGCAUCAAUCUUAAACUUCCUUCUUAUUUGCAUCAA